UUACCCGAUAAUAGAGGUUUAAUCACCGGUCCACCUAUGUCACUCGUCGGGGAGAUGCCAUCAGAAGAAUUGUUGGAGACGAUUUUAAAAGGUUUCAAUCGACAAAAACUAAAGAAACUUGAAUUGACUUUCGAAUUGACUAACCAGCUGCUAAGCUUGGAUGAAACCAGACUCCAAAAAAGCUAUAAGAUCGGUGUACUGUACUGUGCCCCUUCACAACAAACAGAGAUAGAAUUGUUUUCAAACACAACUACCUCACCACUCUUCGACAGGUUUCUGACAAUAUUGGGUACCAAAGUUCGAUUACUCGGUUUCAAAGGAUUUGCGGGCGGACUAGAUACACGCAACGGCGGGUCGGGUGAAUACUCAAUUUACGAUAGCGGAACAUGGAAAAACUUCGAGAUAAUGUACCACGUGUGCACACUUAUUCCAUACGUAAAGUCGGAUAAACAUCAGGUCACAAGGAAAAGACAUAUAGGAAAUGACAUCGCUUGCAUCGUUUUCCAAGACGUACGCCGACCGUUUAACCCAUACACAAUACGCUCCCAAUUUUUACAUGUAUACGUGGUGGUCAGUCCCGUACGAAUCAACGUUGGAACGGACGCAUACUGGAUAGACAUAGUGUGCAAGGAUGGCGUUCCAUAUUUUGGUCCCGCGCUUCCAGAACCCCCAAUUUUCGAUGAUCCGUUGGCAUUAAAGAAAUUUCUGGUUGCCACGGUUAUAAAUGGUCGUAAUGCUGCCUGGAAAGCCCCCAAAUUAUCAGAACCAUUCCUAAGGGCACGCAGCGCAACCAUACGGGACAUUGUUGAUAAAGCGAUAUUACCACAAUCGGUAGCUGCAACACCACCUUUGCCAAAAAGAUUUUCACAAGACGUUGCGCUAAGGAAACUCCUUAAGGAACGUUUAAAGGUUGGAAUACCUCCACCUUUAGACCAAUUCAAAAUGCUCCUUGAGAACGGCGCUAAUCCCAACAUUCGAAUAUCUCAACCAAGAUCGCUUUCAUCAAAGCCAUCAGUGACACCGCUAGAUACCUUCACUCACCAUUCAUCAUUGAGCGAGAGUGAAUUAACAUUACCGCAACGCUCUGUGCACAAAUUACCCAAUGCGCUAUUUGCCAUAAUAAUACUGUGCGAUGACCCUCUAUACUGUAAGCUACUGAUUAAUCACGGUGUCGAAGUCAUACCGAAUGAUUCCAACUUUCCAAAUGCAUUUGUUUUUGCAGCAAGAUAUAAGAGGGUCCAAAUAAUGAAAUGUCUGCUGGAGAAUGUUCCAGGGUUAAGUGAUUCCGAGAGUGUUGACGCAGUGAUCGUAGACAACAGUGGUAGUAGUGCCGGAACGAGGGCGCGCGAUAUAAAAAGGAUAUGGACCGGAUUCACCGGAGAAGUUAAAAAAUUAAAGAAUCAGAUAAUUAAUAAUAGAACAAACAACUUGUACAAAUGA